UUUAUGCUAUUUUAUUUAUGUAUGUAGGUCUAUUUACAUUUCUCUACAACAGAACACUUGCCUGUUUUGUCUGUAGUGUUGGGUAGGACUGAUUUAGGUGUAACACCCACGGCACCUGGUCUGGAUGUUUGGAUAUUUCGUUUCCAGAAUGGCAGUGACGUUGCACUCAGAUUUGGGAGAUAUUAAAAUCGAACUUUUCUGUGAACGAACGCCAAAAGCAUGUGAGAAUUUUCUAGCACUCUGUGCCAGUGGAUUCUACAAUGGCUGCAUUUUCCACCGAAACAUCAAAGGAUUUAUGGUACAGACAGGCGAUCCCACAGGUACUGGGAAAGGUGGAACCAGCAUUUGGGAACGGAAGUUUGAAGAUGAAUAUAGUGAACAUCUUAAGCAUAAUGUCAGAGGAGUGGUGUCCAUGGCAAACAACGGCCCAAAUACCAACGCUUCUCAGUUUUUCAUCACGUAUGGCAAACAGCCUCAUCUUGACAUGAAAUACACAAUAUUUGGAAAGGCGAUAGAUGGAUUGGAAACGUUAGAUGAGUUAGAGAAGCUUCCAGUCAAUGAAAAGACAUUCCGUCCAUUGAAUGAAGUUCGCAUUAAGGAUGUCACUAUGCAUGCUAACCCAUUCGCAGCCUAGCGUCAUCCAGUGGGUGCUUUAGAAACCGCUGUGCAAUGCUUUUACUGUCAAGGAAACAUCUACAAAAAACACCAGGGAUUGCUCUUUAUUAAGGUUGCUACAAAGGAUCCUUUCCAGAAGAGAAAAUGUCUUUUGGAUAAUAUGUUCAGUAUCUCACAGUAUUCAGUAUCAUGUAGUAUAACAAUGAACAUGUUUGUUUAAAUGUAUUUAAUUCUGUGCCCUGCUCCAGCCUGUUACAUGACCAUGUUGUAAUAGAAAAUCAGUUGACUGGAGGAAUAAAAUGCUUUUGCAUCCUAAAAUAUCAAAUAGAAACGAUCUGUUUAAGCAGUGGAGGUUCCAAAUAGAAGAGGGCGUUAAGUUAUAGGAUCUUUAAGUACAUGUCCCAGCUAAUGCCAUCGAGUUACUCCCUAUAUAAUAUCACAAACCUGUAUAGCUUGUUAAACCCAAGUUGAAACAAGAGAUCUUUGGGUUAGUUCAUUCAGACUAGGCGAAACUGUCUGUACAGGUGAGAGAAACAGUAAGAAGCAUCUCACUUGCUUAACUGUGUAAUGUCUUUUUAUUAUUAUUAUUAUUAUUAUUAUUAUUAUUAUUAUUGCAGUUUUUGAUAACCUUAAUACAAAUGCUAUUUACUUGUAUCUGAUUAAAAAAAAAAAAGAUUAAAUUUGCAGGUUUUGUGCUAAAUAAACUUUUUUGUAAUGCUUGAUUUCUUUAAACCUUGAUUUCGUCAUAUCUGUACAAGAUUGGAGUGCCUGAAAAAAAUAAAAAGAAACUAACGCU